AUGAGGUUGGAGCAGUCCUUGCCUCUCGUGGGACUCCUGCUGUGUGUGGUUGGCACCGCAGCUCAGCAGGAUGACACCAAAGAACAGGAGGAAUUCCUGGUGGAGAUUUCCGGAACCACGGUGACAAUCACAUGUCCCUUGAUGGACGACAGAGUAGUCUGGGAGAUAACUGGGACAAAACCAGCCAGCAACGAGAGGAAGUAUGUUAUAGAGAAUCACGACAGCUCUCCUGCCAACCUGAGCUGUUCGUCAGGUGGUAAUAAGUACGACAUGUACCUGAAUGCCAGAGUGUGCGCAAACUGUGAGGAGCUGGAUGCCUUGGCAGUGACAGGGAUCAUCAUUGCGGAUCUUCUCAUCACCUUCGGGGUGCUGAUUCUGGUCUACUACUUCAGCAAAGACAGGAAGGGGAGACCGAGUGCUAGUGCUGGCAGUCGGCCACGAGGUCAGAAGAUGCAGCGUCCUCCCCCCAUUCCAAACCCAGACUAUGAGCCCAUCCGGAAAGGCCAGCGGGAAGUGUAUGCAGGCCUGGAACCCAGGGGCUUCUGA